GCAAAGUUUGCUGCUCUCCCUCCAAGCCGUUCCGAAACCUCCCCGGCGACCGCGAGCCUCCUCCUAGUCCGCCCCACCCCCCUCCCGAAUGUUCUAGAACCUUCUGGACCUAGGGUUCCCCGAUGGGGCCCGAGGAGGUGGAGGCCGUGCUGGAGACCAUCUGGGACCUCCACGACAAGGUCAGCGACGCCAUCCACGCCCUCUCCCGCGCCCACUUCCUGCGCGCCGUCCGCCGCCGCGCCUCCGCGGGGGACAAUAAGCCCGCCGGCCUCGUGUACGUCAAGGGCGGGGGCCUCGCCGCGGUCGGCGACGGCGAGGAGGCGGCGGCCCUGGCGGACCUGGCCGAGGAGGCCAGGAGCCUCCACGCCAUCCGCGCCGCGCUCGAGGACCUCGAGGACCAGUUCGAGUGCUUUCUCGCUGUGCAGUCACAACAACAAGCAGAACGAGAUUUUGCCGUAGCGAGGUUGGAGCAAAGUCGCAUCAUGCUUGCGAUAAGAUUAAAAGAGCAUAAUGGGAAGAAUCACGAGGUCAUAGAUGAGGCAUCUGACUUUGUCCGCAACGUCUACCAGGAUGUUUGGCCUUCUCUGUCAGUAAACAAGCCUGAGAAGUGUGCUGACAGUUCCAAUGACAUGGUAAAAGGUCCGAAUUUCUUUGCGAGGAUGGUUUCUUCUAGCCUCUCUAUAGCUGGGAGCAAUUUCAGUAUGAAAGAUCUGGGUGGUGCGUUAUGGAACAGUGCAGCUUUCACUAUUGGCAUAAUUGCACUGCUGCAGUUGCGUGGGUUAGCUUCAGGGGCACAUGGUCCAGCAGUUGGUAACUACCCCUACAGGAGGAUCAAUGAGAAGAACUCAUCGCGGUUGGGGACAUCGCGAGGCGGUAGUACAAUGUCUCAUCUUGAUGUGUCACUAGCCAAAGGUUAAGGGAUUUGUAAAUGAUUUGCUAGGAUACAUCACAUUAGAAGAUUGUUCUCGUGUGUUGUCCUCUAGGUAACCAUCGAAUUGUUGAGUCUAGAUUCAGAUCAGUUUAGGUGAGUCGAUCUCUAUUGUUGGUUCAAUUGAUUGUAAUGUGAACUGUAUCCCUUCAGGCAGCAAAACCUUUUAUUGAUGUUGUUUAUGUAGUCUGUGCCCGGAGUUGGUUGAUUGCCUACAUGUGUGCAAAUCUGGCUGUAUUGGCACACGCUGCGUUUCCCAGGAGUUUUUGCUGGUCGACGUUGUUGGUG